AACAUUGCCCCUCCCUCCUAUCCCCGCCCCCGAAGAGUCCCGAGCUUCUUUGGCGCGAGUCUGGCGGCGUGGGUCUCUUUGCUCCGGCCGGGCGAGAAGAAAGGUUGCUUAAGGCACCCAGCAGCAUGGAUCCUUUUGGGCUGAAGGGCGACCUUUCAAGAGACAAGAAAUUCUCAGCAUUCCGAAAUUCAAAAUUGAUCCCCAUGGAAACCUCUUCAUCCUCUGAUGACAGUUGUGACAGUUUUGGCUCCGAUAAUUUCGCAAACACUAAACUGAAGUUCAAGCCGGAUGUCACAGAAGAAAUGGCUAAAAUUUUGAACGAGAACUCGGAUGAUGAAUCAUUCUGUGGGUUUUCAGAAAGUGAAAUUCAGGAUGUGCUGAAACUGGAGACGGAUUCAGAGGGAACGGAUUCAGAGCAAAAUGAUGCCAGUUCAAAAAAUAAACUCCCACCCAUUAAACUAAAGGAGUGCUCUGUUCGUCUGAUGAAAGUCGCUAUGAAGUUUCCACUUCAAAAAUCCAAGAGAAGAAAGAGUGAAAAUGUGACCACCAAACCCAAAAUGGACUUGGAUUCAGAUUCUGAUGAGGAAAGAGGCUCCAAAUUCUUACAGAAAAGAGCUUUAAACAUAAAGGAAAAUAAGGCCAUGCUUGCAAAGCUAAUGGCAGAAUUAAAAAACAUUCCUGAUAUUUUUUCUGGGAAAGAUCCACUGGCAACUCCAACUCGAAGAUCUCAAAACAGAUCCUUUCCAAGAAUUGCUUUAAGGAGGAAUCCAGAAGGAGGUUCAAGGCCUCACACAAGAUCCAGAUCUUUGAUUGAAGGUCCUCCGAGUCCUGUAUCCGUGAAGGAGGAGGAGGAUCCCUAUGCCUUGGUGAGGAGAAAGAUACCUGAUGACUUCUCAGAGGAUGAAAUGGACACACCCAGGAGAAGAGGUUCUGGCGCUAUGACUCUUCCCCAUAUUAUCCGCUCAGUGGAAGAAAUAACCGAGGAAGAGCUGGCUAAUAUCUGUGAAACUGCCCGAGACAAAGUAUACAACCGUGUGACGGGUUCUACCUGUCAUCAGUGUCGUCAGAAAACAACAGACACCAAGACCAACUGUCGUAACCCUGAUUGCACAGGGGUGCGCGGUCAGUUUUGCGGGCCUUGCCUUCGCAACCGUUAUGGAGAAGAAGUCAGGACUGCUUUGCUGGAUCCGGACUGGCAUUGCCCUCCUUGUCGUGGAAUCUGCAAUUGCAGUUUCUGCAGGCAGCGGGAAGGGCGGUGUGCUACAGGUGUGCUGGUGUACUUGGCGAAAUACCAUGGAUAUGACAAUGUUCAUGCUUACUUGAAAAGCCUGAAACAAGAACUUGAAAUGCAAGAAUGAAGUUCCAACCCUGUUCUUCUCUUGCACCAAUGUUAAGCAUGCUAUAAUUGCUGGUCUGAUAGAGAUUUUAAUUCCUGAUUUUUUCAGCUAUUUCUUUUCUGUGCAACCAGAGCAAAUCUGUUAUGUGAUUGAAAGUCCACGGUGCAGAGUUUACAUUAUGCUGGUGUUUACAAACUUACCUGCCCCCAGUGUUCCUUUUAAGUUCCCCCAUCCUUAGUUGGGAGAGAGAAGUCCAACCAAACUGUCAGCAUCUGUUAUCACCUGUAGCACCUGGAUUUAGCAACAAUCCAAACAAACAAUUAUUUGUCCUUAAGGUUGUUUAAAAGUAUUAGUAGCUCUGGUAAGAAGUAUUGUUUCAUUUGCCAAUCUUGAAAAGUGGGUUAAGCUCCAGUAUGGAAUAUCUUGAAAUAAGCUGCGACAAACAUGGACGCUUCUCAAAAAUUUGGUUGUUGGGUAAUGGCUUGAACUAGUUUAAAUUUGGAGCUAUCAAGUGCAGGUGAGAUCAUGCUGUGUGUGUGGUUUUUUAAAAACCAGUUUGAGAACAUAGGUAGUUUUGGUUUUAUUUUUAUAAUAUCUUUUACAAUAGUUAGAAUGGUAGGUAACUGAGGAAUGAUUGGUUGAGUCAGUCACUUUUGCUUUACAAAAUGUUACUGCAGCAUUUCAGUGGCCAGAAGACCAACAUGUACUAAAGGCUGAUGCUGUGACCAAGUGCCAUAGUUCAGUGUACAAGAGCAAUCAUAAUUGUAUUCUACUCCUGCUCCCUCUAUCCAGAGGACAUUAUUUAACCUGGAUUCCUUCCUCUGUAGCCCUUGCAAGCUUAAGCAACCUCUUGCCUGGAGUGCAUUAGAUUUAUUAGGUCAGCUGCUGUAUGUUCCUUGCAGCAUGAUUUAGUAUACUUAGAGGCUAUUUAAGCCAGAUUUUUGCUCUUGCACACGGUUGCUCAUGGGCCAUGCAUUCAGGGUCCUUUAGUGGCAAUUCAACAGACACUGAGCUCCAAAAAUAAACUAGUCUUAUCUAUAGGAAGGCCUGUACCCAUUGUCUGCAGUGUAGCCCAAAGAAGAGAUGUCAGGCAAGUGAUAGUGUUCCAGAGGCAUUAGUUGCCAAGAGAUGGAACAGUAGAAAGUUCCACUGGUCAAACUCCAGUCGCUGCCGUCAGUCAUGUAGUUUCUGUUGAGCAGGCUGACAACUGGGAUUGCAUAUGCUUAAAAUUAAAAUGCUGUAGAACGUCAAAGCAUGGCUCUAGAAUUUUACAGAAAUACUAGUUUUUGAAGUUAAUGUGGGGAGGGGGUUGAAGUGUGACCAUAAAUGCCUAAGUCUUUAGGGUAGUUGUGAACAUAUGGAAAGGAGAAAAGAACUUCUUUAGAUAGCACAGUGGCUUUAUGUGGCUUUUGUUGCUGACUGCAACAACAUCUUAAGGUUCAGUGCAUUGUGCUAGGGGAUAAAUUCCGUUGUUCAAAUAAAUAGGAAUGUCUGGGGAUGGAGUGUGGCUUUGCUUUCCAGUUGUAGGAUUGGGUGGGGUUUUGUGGCUAUUUUCCUGUAAAUUGCAUUAGCAUUGGGGUGGGUACCUAAUACCCAGGGGCAUCCAGCUUUUCCCAGCAGUUGUAGAUGUUCUUCAGUCCUACGAGAACAAAUUAGCCCAGAAUCAGUUUCAGAAAGGUUGUAGUAUGUGUGCUGGGAUCAUGCAACCGCUGUUCAAAUAUAUUGCAGGGUUUUUGGUUUCUUUAAAAACUGUAAUGUUACUAAUAUGUCGACACUGUAAAUGGAUCCUAAUAUGUAGGAAGCUCUUAUGUACAAAGUUUAAUUUUGAUAAUUAAAAAAAAUCUUUGCCUAGAAAA